AUGAACUUACUCAAUUCCUCAGGAAGAAUCGAGACGUAUUUGCAUGAAGACAUGCCGGGUAUAGACCCCACUAUCAUGGAGCACCGCUUAAAUGUAAAUCCUGACUUUAAACGUGUCAGACAAAAGAGGAGGACUUUCGUUCCAGAAAGGAAUCAGGCUAUAUCAGAAGAGGUGAAAAAGCUCUUAAAAGUCGACUUUAUUCACGAGGUGUACUACCCCGACUGGCUGGAAAAUGUGGUCUUAGUGAAGAAGGCAAAUGGAAAGUGGAGGCUAUGUGUAGAUUUCACCGACCUUAACAAAGCUUGCCCGAAUGACAGCUUUCCUCUCCCAAGAAUCGAUAUGCUCGUUGAGGGAACGGCUGAACACGAACUAUUAAGUUUCAUGGAUGCAUAUUUUGGAUACAACCAGAUAUCUAUGUACACCUCAGAUAGAGAAAAAAUGGCCUUCAUCACUGAUAGAGGUUUGUACUGUUACAAAGUAAUGCUGUUUGGGCUCAAGAACGCUGGUGCAACAUACCAAAGGCUAGUGAAUGCAAUGUUUAAACAUCAAAUUGGUAGAAACAUGGAGGUAUAUGUUGAUGACAUGUUGGUGAAAAGCUUAAAAGCUGAAGACCAUUUGACUGACCUGUGUCUACCUUUCUUUCGUGUGCUAAGGAAGGCAUUGAAAUGGACCCCAGAGUGUAAGCAGGCGUUCAAAGAACUAAAGCAAUACCUUAGUUCUCCCCUACUAGUGUCUCGAACCAUACCGGGAGAGGAACUAUACAUAUACCUUGCAGUCUCUACGACAGCUGUCAGUUCAGCUCUGAUACGAGAAGAAGAAGGGGUUCAAAGGCCAGUAUACUUCGUGAGCAGAACACUUAGGGGUGUGGAGGAAAGAUAUCCAAGGACGGAACAGUUGGCCUUUGCUUUAAUUAUGUCCACCAGGAAACUGAGACCAUACUUUCAAGCGCAUACGAUAGUGGUCCUAAUAGAUCAACCCCUUCGACAGGUCUUACACAAGCCAGAAAGCUCUGGUCGACUGAUGAAGUGGUCAGUAAAGUUAGAAGAGUUCGACAUUCAGUAUAAGCCAAGAACAGCAGUAAAAGCUCAGGUGUUGGCUGAUUUCUUAGCUGAGUUUACCCCUCCAGAAGAGGAGAAACAACCCCAAUUUUCGACAGAACCAGGUUUAAGUGAGCAGAUGGGCCCAGAAGUAGUCUGGGACUUGUUCAUGGAUGGGUCAUCUAAUGUUCAGGUUAGCGGAGCCGGGCUUGUUCUUGUCUCCCCAGAGAGAGAAAGCAUACAGUACGCACUUCGGUUUGGUUUCAAAGCAACCAACAACAAAGCAGAGUACGAAGCCUUGAUAGCAGGAUUAAAAGUGGCAACUGCCCUAGGGGUUGAGCAAUUAAAUAUGUACACCGACUCCGAGCUGGUCGCUGGACAAGUUCAAGCGGAAUAUGAGGCACGAGACGAGAAGAUAAAGAGUUACCUACAAAAGGUGAAGGAAUUAAAGAAUCACUUCCAAAGAUUCUCAAUUCAUCAAAUAACACGAGAAGAGAAUGGGAAAGCAGACACUUUAGCCCGGCUAGCUACUGCAUUGAACCUGAGAUCAAUAAGAAUAUACCACUGGAAUAUUUGGAAGAACCAUCUAUAUCUCAAGAGAGACAAAUUGAAGUGCAACAAGCGAUAUUGA